GGUAAAUGUAUUAUUCGAUCGGUGAAGGAUAUUCGUGCGUUAACUGAAUGUGAUGUGCAAGCAUUAAUUGAUACGUUUUUCAAUUUUGUUGCAUUUGAUCAUAAUAAUAGCAGGCUGGCGCCUAUACAAGGAGAAAUUCGUGUUGGAGCCUCAUAUCAGGCGGAAAUUCCGGAAUUAGAAGAGAGUUCACCAUUUGAUGUAGCGGAUCGUGAUGAAUUGCAGUGGCGACCAGGAUAUAUUGUCGAUGACAGCGAAAAUGAAUAUGUAAGAGCUAAUCGUGCUUUCCGUUUAUAUAUGUUAGUCAAGACUGAUGGCGUUACUGAAUUGGAACGCCGUCCUUUAACGGGUGAUCUUUGUCUACAUGAUUCUUUCAUUACGCUUCAUGAAUCGGGCUAUAACGUAAAACGUGCUAUUGAAUUGAUGCAUAAAAAAGAUGAAAAAGAAUUCAAAGAAAUGAAUUAUAUGAGUUUGGAAGAUAUGAAAAAAUUCGUUCGAGGUAUUAAAUUACAUGGAAAGAAUUUCUCAAAAAUUACGAAAGAUUUAUUGCCAAAUCAUAAGAGGACUGAUUUGAUUAGAUUUUAUUAUUACUGGAAGAAGUCACCUGAGGCCACGAAACCAAAACCUUUGGGUAGGACGCGUAAUACGACAACAGUGAACUACAGGAAAGUGAAAAAUAAUCAGUCCAAACUUCGAUCGGGUAAUACAGAUUUAGCCGAUUACGAUUCGGCUAGUGAAUCCGAAAUGGAUCACAUGAUGGUUGAUGGUCGUGCGGCAUUAUAUGCAUGUCACCAUUGUUAUUCUUCAGAAAGCAAAGAUUGGCAUCAUUCUGGUAAAGAGCAUCAACUUCUUUGUACUGAAUGUCGUUUAUUUUAUAAAAAAUAUGGACAGCAACGUCCAGUUGAUCGACCCAGUAUAGUUCCUCCCUCUCUUCAUAAACCAAAAUCUCCAGAAUUAAAUGAAGAUGAAGAACAAGGAGUAAGAACUCGUGCAGGUAAAAAAGAAAGGAAGGAAAGUCCAUUAGAGCGCGAGAAGAAAAUGGGAAGCCCAAGUAGCAGUAAUGAUACGGUUGAAAAACAGAGAAAUGGUAAAAGGAAGAGGAAUCAUCAUGUUAAUUCUGAACAAAUCAACGGGUCUGCACGAAAACGGUUGGCCAAAGAAGCAAAAGAAACAAUUAUUUCAUCAAUUACUUCCAAGGAAAUCGACGAAAUCAUUGAAACUCAUGACACUGAAUGUUUAAAUGCAUCAAAAGAAAAUGAUGCACCAGAUACUGCUAAUGACCCAUCUUUAGCGAAAAAGUGUCCCGAUUCACCAAAAUCGAGAACUCUAGAUAAUAGUGCCAGUGUGAAUAUGGCUAAUUCUAACACUAUUACUUUAUUAUCUGCUGAUAAAUUAUCGCCGAAACAAGGCAAUGCUUCAAACUCUUUAAAUACACCAUUGUGGAUAGCUUUAACCGAAUCGGAUCAGAAUAAAGAUGGAAAGAAGGUUGCAGAGGAGCAUUCAUGGAAAGUCGGGAAUUCGCUAGCAGUGUUAACUACUAAUGCACAAUUUGUUCGACUUAUUGAACGAAGCUGUGGACAAAUGUGUGCUCGGACUGAUCUUAUAUAUCGGUCUAAAAUUGGUACUGCAUGGGAGAAAAAGAGGGAGGCACGAGUUAACUCGUUCAAAAACCAUGUUCAUUUGCAGUCGGCGAAAAAAAUGGUCGAAGGAGCAACACCCUCUAAUGUUCUAUCAGCUUCACAGUUAACGCCAACCAUUGAUUCAUUUGUGGGAGGUCGGGUUCCCCUAAAUGGUACUGUAGUUGGCAAUGUCCCUCCCAUAUUACCUGGUCUUUCUGAUCCUCGCUUAGCAUAUUUGAGUCAACAGCAGCAGUACGCUUUAGCAUUGGAACAACAGCAAGCCUUUCAUAAGCAAUUCGAGCAGCAGUUGAGGGUUCAUCAAUUAGAAUUAAUACGUUCUGGUGCUAAUGGAACUAUGACACCAAAUUCUAUGCGUGAAUCGCCAUCGCGUGCUUCUGUUGCCUCUACACAUGGAAUUCCAUCAACAGUUGUGUCUUCACCCUAUCAUAUCCUUGAUCCACGUUCAUUAUCGGCACUAAUGCAUAAUCCUCAAUUUGCUGCCAAUUUCGGUCUUGGUAUGGAUAGUCAUGCGACAGCUGUGAUGAACGCUCUGGAGCAACGUACAGCGCUUGAACAGCGCAAUGCUCUCGAGCAACGAUUUCUAGCAGGAAUAGCGGGACUAGAUAUGUUAGGACCUGGUGGAUUAUCAGCACCGCAAGGACCUGCACAUAUUCAUCCACACACAGCGGCGAUGAUGCAACAAGUUGCAGCUGCUUCACAACCUAAUGGUGAUGCGCUACAUCUCCAACAAAUGUUAGCUAUAUCUGCUGCCGCUCAAGCUCAAGCUCAGGUAUCUCGACCAUUUAUGGAUCAGAAUCAUCUGUUACAGAUGACCAUGAUAAAUUCAUUCAACAAUGAGUUAGCGGCGCGUAUGGUUAAUCCUGGAGCAUUAAAUUCUGAUAUGAUGCGAAGGCUGCAACAAGAAGGCGGUUUUGCAACAGCUCAGAGGCCAUAA